AAACAAAGAGGAGUGACACUAGCAAUUCCUCUGCUUGCUUUCAAGGCCAUGGAAAUAGCAGCCUCUGCUCGAACCGUUGAGGAAAUCUUCAAAGAUUACUCGGCUCGAAGAACCGCCAUCCUUCGUGCUUUGAUUUUUGAUGUGGAUCGAUUUUAUGGACUCUGCGAUCCAGAAAAAGAAAAUUUAUGCCUUUACGGACAUCCGAAUGAAAGCUGGGAAGUUAUUCUGCCAGCGGAGGAAGUUCCACCCGAGCUGCCUGAGCCAGCCCUUGGUAUCAAUUUUGCUAGGGAUGGAAUGAAUCGAAAAGACUGGUUGUCCCUGGUUGCAGUGCAUAGUGAUUCGUGGUUGAUUUCUGUGGCUUUUUAUCUUGCUGCUCAUCUUAACCGUAAUGAAAGGAAAAACCUAUUUAGCAUGAUUAACGAUCUGCCCACAAUCUUUGAGGAAGUAAGUGAAAGGAAGCCUGUUAAAGACAAAUCAAGUAUUGAAAAUGGGAGCAAAUCUCAGGGCACCCCAAAGAGAUCAAACGAUGGACAAGUGAAAAGCAAUCCCCAGACUGCUGAUCUGGAUUACCAGGACGACAAAGACGAGCACGGUGAAACGCUAUGCGGCAGCUGUGGCGGAAACUACAACAUGGAUGAGUUUUGGAUUGGGUGCGACGUUUGCGAAAGGUGGUUCCAUGGAAAAUGUGUUAAGAUAACACCCGCUAAAGCCGAGAGUAUUAAGCAUUACAAAUGCCCGUCUUGCAGGCAGUGAUAGUGAGUGAAAAUGGUAAGAACAGGACAUGAUCCUAUCUCAAUGGCUAACAAAGUAGGAUGGCAAAAUAUUCCCGUGUUAGGUAAUUAAUGUAAUGAAGUUCUGUAUAUAUCAAGAAAAUGUGUGUUGUAAUAGAUGCUUUGAACAUGAUGGAAGACUUCCUUGCUGAUACCGUUGUUUACAUUUUCAACUGAUGUAUUUGAAUUUGUGGAUAACAUUUUCAGAGAUAUGGUGCCCUUUGGGUCAGAGAUAAC